AUGGAGACCACCUGGGCCCCACUCGUCCCUACCGCAAAGGGCUCAGGACGGAAAAGCAUAGACGCUGCACCUUCGGCGGCCACAGCCUCAGGGUCCAGCAACGUCAACGAUGUCUCGCUCGAUCCUUUCUCCAUUGGCAACCUGCCAUCGACCGUGGUGCAGCGCAUCCUCAGCUUUGUCCCCGUGUCCGACCUUCCCAGCUGCGCUCUAGCAGCGAGGCCGUUGGCUCGCUUCGUAGCGGACGAAAGACUAUGGGCGCAACGACUCGCUUUUCUUCAGUAUAAGCAGGUGCCAGGACGAAACCUCCGCUACAACCCGGAUCUCUCGACCGUCCCAUCAGCCUCUUCUUCAAAGCGAAAGGAAAGCGCGAGCUCAGCUUCAGUCAAGUCACCAUCCAACAGGCCCACAGCGAGCUACAUUGACAGCAACGACGACGACUUUGGCGACUUUGAAGCGGCGACCAUGUCCAGCCCUGCCGAUGACGACUUUGGCGGGUUUGUAUCCUCAAAGCAGAGUCAAUGGGGUCAGAGCUUCUCCUCAGCGCCAGUGUUCUCGUACAGAGCCGAGUCAAAGCUUCCAGUGCCGAGCACAGAUCCAGACUCAGCCUACCAGACAUUCAAGCGAAUAGCGGUGUCGCUCAAGCCGUUCGUGCAGAGCCUGCUGUUCGAAUCAUCACCCACCAGCUCGCUCGUCUUUACGGAUCCCAGCUUGUCGUCCCUCUCGUCGCAGGCGUACUUGAUAUGCAAUGUGGCGCGCUUCACUGGUCCCCUUGUUCUGGGCUCCUUCGCAAAGACUGGCUCAUCGGCUUCCAGUUCACCAGAUCUGUCCAUCGACGAAACGGAUCAGGAUCACACAAGGUUGCGCAGCUCGGCACGCCAAGCGGCCGACUAUCUCGAAGGCGUCCUGUUAUCUGCCUUUGAAGGUGCGGAUGCUCGAAGGGCGGACGCACUGCGUGCAGGCGAAAGAGGAAUGGACGUCGCCAAGGCCAUCGAGCGUGCCGAGCUAGACAUGCACGAACACGCUACCUUGAUAUGGGAUCUCGUCACCUCGACCUCCGAAUCAACGUCACAGCAAUCGCCCUUCGCGCUCGCCUCAACAUCAAACGAUGGCGAGACGACGAACUUCCUGUCCAUCCUCGACCACCCCGGCUCCGCAGCAGCGCUGAGCUUCUUCGAAAAGCGCGACUCAAUCUUCAAGUCCACCGCGCAUCGGCCCGAGGCCAACUUUGCCUCGCCCUCCCCCGCAGCCAGGCCAGCACUGGACUUCACCGCCAUGGACGCGUUCAUGUCGGAUGUGCUUGCCAAUCUUUUGACGGACGGCUCGCUGGUGGCGCGCAUCUUUCCGCCUGAACAGCAGGUGCUGCUCGCAUUCGCCAGUCGUGUUGCCAACGAGAUUGUUGGCGAAUACAUCAACGGUGUCCUUGCAAAGGCGCGCACCAUUGACGUGCAUGUCUACCUCCAAGCGGCGGCGGCCACAUUUUCGCAGGCGCUCAAGAUUGCCGAUGAGCUGCAGAAGAUCGAGCCACGGCAUCCGGAGCACGUCACUCCAGGAAGAUGUCGUGCCAUCGUGCUGGGCAUGUUCGAGGCUCAUCUCGACGAGUAUCUGCAAGAAGAGCGAGACUGGGUGCGCAAUAUCAUGAUGGACUUGUGUCAUGAGGGUGGCGUUGGAUCAAGCUCGGGCAGCAAGUCCACCGCCAUUGGUCGUGUCAAGCCGGUAAAGUCGAUGGACACGGCUUUUCUGGCGAGCGACAACCCGGCGCAGGUCAAGCGGAACGUGCUCAGCAGCUUCAAGGAUGUACUUCUCAUGCCGGUGACCGUGGUGCCUCGAGCGGCGGGGGCAGUGGGAGGCGCGGUCAUUAGGACAGCGGGCACAGGGCUGAGCCAGCUCAACCCGCUCAAGUGGCAGCAGAGCUCAACAGCGGCUACACGCAACGUCGGCGGCAUCGGCUCGGCCCCCACUACCCCGUCAAAGGUCACUACGCCCACCGCGGGUGGGGCAGCAAACAACGGUUACGUCGACUUCAGCAAGGAGGUUCUAGGCGGACCGGAGGGACAUGUGAUCGGGGACGACGAUAGCGACGAGGAGGAACUGCAGCUGGGGUCAUCGGCGAGCGAGAAGAUGGCGGAUUUUGGCGGCUUCGCCGACGCGAUCGCGGUAGAUGGCUGGAACGAAAAGGGUGGCGAUCACGGAAAUGCCUGGGGUAGCUUGAGUGCGGAUGCCAAUGUCGAGGCGGGAGGAUGGAGCGCCUCCAACACCAAGCAGGUGGCGCGAACGAGCUUACCUCCAGCAGCGAAGGCGACGGCUAUUGUCGAGUCCAACGACGUUCCGCAAGUGAGAGCGUCCACAGAGAUAAACGGUGGCAAGUUCGCGCGGCUACAAUUGCUGCUCUCGCUUGACACAGCCUUGGCGUUGAUCCAGGUCAACCGCGAAUCGCUCAAACGCAUGGAGGCGUUCAUGGUGUACCCUGCCUCGACGGCACAUGGACGGCGUGUCAAGGAAGAGAUGGAAGAAGUAUGCCUGUCGCUCUUCCAAGUCCUCGGCGAUCAGCAUAUCGCCCCCGGGUUCACCAAAGCAACCGAGCAGAUCAAGGAGUGGAAUCCGCUUUCGGAUAAUAAGCCCUCAAAGGGCGAGAAGAACACUGACGAAGGUGGUGAAGACGCAAGCGAGGUCGUACCGCUGGUGCAGUUCUUCGAACUCACCCACAUUGCGGAUACCAUCUCGCAGCUGUGCUCAGUGUACUUCUCGCAGACGCUCAAACCGGUGGUUAAGCUGGAUACCGACGAUUUUCUGAACCCGGUGGUCCGGGCGAAGAAGGCUUUCGAGGGGACGCUUGACGAGUUCGUCGCCUCUGGCCUGUCUGUAUCUGUCGAUCUGCUGAUGAAGCGGGCCGAAUGGAUCUUGUUCUCGCAGCGCGAUGCGAUGGACUACGCUUCCACCUCGAUCGCCGACCUGGGCAACCCGACUCGGGCCACACGCUCUACUCUGGCCCUCCUCAGCUUUCACAGCAAGCUGCUGGUGGGCGCAACGGACCGGGAGAUCCUCGACCUGUUCUACACCGAAAUCGCCCUGCGUCUCUUUACCAUCCUCACCAAACAUCUCAAGUCGCUACCCAUCACAACAACGGGCGCUUUCCAAUUGAUAUCGGACCUCAACGCCGUCGCCACCUUCAUCGCCAGCCUGCGCAUCAAGGACCCGCACAUCGCCACGCUCUACAACUCGCUCAAGGCGCUGGCCAACUACUACAUUGUCGACGGCAAGGAACUUAUUGCGCUGCUCAAGGCAAAGGGCGAGACUGGACGAGCGGAGAGAGAAGACGGAUUCGUGUUCGGUCAGGAAGAGCUCUACGAGUUCUUGAAGAGUAGAAGCGACUUCAGAGCGAUAGAGAAGCAAGUCGAUCACGAGAUCUUCGGUUUCAAGGUGUCAGAGGACUGCAUUGUUUGUUAG